AUGGAUCACAAGAACCGCUGCUCUGUGAACGCCGACGAGACCGACUUUAUGCGUGGCGUGGUAAAUGAUCUUAGGCAGGAUGACCGCCGCCUUCGGCGAAUGUUUGACAGGAAAGUCCUUCCAGCUAUGGUGCUAUCAGCUUUUAUGCUCGGGAUCAAAUCUGCAGCUUUCUCCAAUGCUGAUCUAUUCGGCCUCGCCGAGGAUCUUGGCCUCGGCCAUACUCAAUUCUCUUGGCUGUACUCCCUGCCCCAUUUACUUCAGAUCCCUCUCCAGCUUCCCAUUGCAUGGAUUGUGAGAGACAACCUCUUUGCGCUUGACAAGAUUUUGGCGAAUUGUCUGAUCUUGUCCGGGUGUCUCUUUGGACUUCUGCCAGAUCUUGGUCAUGUCGGGUCUAUCUUCAGCGGCCUUGUACAGGGUUUGCUUGACGCGGUUUUUGUCCCUCAUCUUGUGUGGAUAUCGUGGGUUUAUUGGACACCGGAAGAGAUGCCACUACGACUGACGCUCUGGGGCUCAAUGAUUGGCUUUGCGAAUGUACAUAGACGCGACUCGGCUACCUUUGGGUGCACAGCUAUUAUAUUUGCACCCUACAUGCUUUACACGGUCAUCUUUGCAGGUGCAUCUCCAAUGGAAUUGAAAUUCCUAAGCGACCGAGAUAGCAAAGUUGCAUAUGGGGUGCAGCGCCUAACUGCUCCAAGGAAUAUGUCUUGGAGCGACGUGGUCUUUCGAUCAACGAAGAAAGAUGUUAAAACCUGGCUGUGGUUCUGCCUCGCCUUUACAGCUUCCAUCUUGACUGGCGGUUUGACCAGCGUCAGCCCCCGUAUUCUGAAGGUGUUAGAUCUCAAAAGAUCCAACGCUGCUCUCCUGAACAUGCCGUUCGGCGCCACUCAGUUCUUGUCGAUCAUGGGUGGUGGCUAUGCCACCACCAAAUACCGUUUUGGGACAGUCAUAACUGCGCUAUCUCUUAUCUCAGCUGUCGGCCUCAUGCUGCUUCAUAGAGCAUCUCAACUGCCGGAACUGAGGCAGACCUCCCUCCUAAUUGGAUACUAUCUUUCAGCAGCUGUACAUGGAAAAGCUCCAUUGAUAUAUUCCUGGGCUGGCGUCAACACCGCAGGAUCAACUAAACAAAGAGCCACAGUCGCAUUUUUACUAAUGGGCCAACAACUUGGCAGUGCCUGUGGCCCAGUCUUAUUCAAUCUUGGAUCCGCGGAGGUGCUAAGCUCAGGUGUGUGGUGGAUCAGUAUUCUGACAUGCUUGUCCACCGUUGCGCUUGUUGAAUUGGCCAAUCGUCACAUACGCAACCUCAAUAGGCGCCAUGCUCACCAGGGUGGUCUUCAGGCUGAGGAUUCGGCAGUCACUGUCACGUCUGAUUCUCGCCUGAACAAGGCUAUAGAUUUCGAGCGGCAGCGCCAACGCAAAACAUACGAAGACCCUGAUGAUGAAGACGCGUGUCCUUACUCAUUCAGAUCUCGGGUCUGGGAAGACUUUACCGACUUGGAGAAUAAGGAAUUUCGCUUCGUUACAUAG